AAACCAAAGAACUCCCCACAGGAGCUCGAGCGACAAAAGAAGGAGCUUGCUGUGUCUUCGUUCAAGGAUAUCUUUGAAAAUAUUGUCAGUUUCUCCGAAAACGUCGUCCCCAUGGACCCAGCCGAUGUGAAGGAUGUCCUCGCGCACCCGGCCAAGUUUGCCAAGCUCAACACAUACCACCAGGGCCAGAUCAUCGAGGACUUGGACGUUAAGCAGAAGCGCAAAUGGACCUCCAUGACCAGCGAUGAAAAGCGAAUGAUCCAUUAUAUAUGGUACGGGCCGUGGGGCCCGCGGGAAGGAUUUGAAAACUUCACUAACGCCAAGGUGCCGCCCCAGGACUUGCCGUGGGAAAUGCCGUCCCAGGCUCAGUCUGUGACGGACCCCAAGCAGAAGAUAUCCAUCCGAGAGUUACCAGUUAGAGAUUUGAAGACCGUUUCCGAGGAUCGCAGAAAGACGUUCAAGAACAGGGGGUUGGAUCCGAUGAGCAGCUUUGUUGUGUCCUUUGCCCUUUUGGUAUUUAUCGGCUCCAUAUACAGAGAUACGUAUAUUGGCGAGGCCGGUGCGCCAGUGGAGCAUGUCAUAGUUGAGUACCAAGAGCCAGAGAAGGAGGCGGAGGUCGAAGCUCCAGCUGCCAAGCCACGUAAGUGGUACUACCUCUGGGCUAAAUAA